AUGCCAAAAACGUCAACACCAACAAAAGAGUUGACUGGAACUGAUUAUAUCGAUGGGUCAUCUGAUCACGAUAUGAUUAAAACCGAUUUAUUAAAUUCUUACACAAACACUUUGUCGUCAGUUGCUAGCUCUAAGAAACUUACUACUAGCAAAAAUAUCAGUAGCUAUAAUUGUAACAGAUCAAUUUUAAAAGAUAGUGGAACGGAAGCUUCGGUAGAAUGCUUGUCAAAGGAUGAAUCUUAUCAAAAAACGAACUACAAUAGUGCUGAAUUUUUACAAGGUUAUACACUUAUAAACAAUCAAGAGAAUCUUGAAGCAAACGGGUUGAAAAUGCGUCUUUUAGCGACGCUCGCUGAUAUGAUUCCACAUGAUGAAAGUUUAAGUUUACGUCUACUGAUGAGUUACACAAUUGAUGAUCAAGAAAGUGAGUGUGUUGUUAUUGAUGAAACACUUUGUCGAGGAGGAAAGCGUAAUGAAACCAAAAAUAAUAUUUUUCAAAAUUGUUUAGAUAACCCAAAAAGUAAGAGUGGAAUUCAUGAAAUGCUGCUCAAUGAAAAAAAGCCUAUAUUAAGUGCAAUAUCUCUUGAACAUUCAACUAGCCAACAAAGUACUUCAAAUGAAGCUGAUGCAUUAGACUUGUCUCUACAUAAUGAAACAUCUGAUUCCAUGGACUAUCAUAUAGAUUCUUUGAAUACAAAACCAAUAAAAGAAGAUUAUAAGUCACAAUCAAUUAUUGACGGUGUAAUUAGUGAAACAAAAUCCUCAAUCAAUACAUGUUGUAUACCAUCGACCUUGUUAUCAUCUAGCCUUGUACAGUCCAAUAUGAAUUCGACAAAAGCUUUGGAUACAGUUGUGGCGACAACAUCUGCAACUAAUACGAUUAAUCAAAUUCCAUUAUUUGAUGCGUCUAUAUUAGCAUUACUUCCAUUAUUACAGCAACAACAGUCUCAACAAAUACAGCCAAACCAACAAAGUACAAAUACUUUAGCAUAUCAAAAUGUUUUAAAUCCAAGUUCAUUGUCAUUGCUUCCUGCCACUAUUCCUACUCCAAUGACAGCAAUAAGUACAACGAAAUCAAACCCUAUCACUUAUAAUUAUACAGGUAUGUCGACAAAUGCCAAUUUGCUAUUCAACCAAUUAUAUCCAACACAGUUGCAACAAAAUAUCCAACAAACCAAUAAUUUACUUACAACACAUUUGAGUAGUAUAAUACCAAAACAAACAGAAACAACGACAACAGAAUCAGCUUCGACAGCAGUUUUAAAUACAAUCGCAGGUUCAUUAACAAACAAUACAGUUAACACCCAGUCGCUUUUAAAUACAGCAUCUGUUAUAGGAUUCCCAUUAAUAAAUCCAUUUUCACUUCAUACAAAUAUUACUAGUAAUAGUAGUACCAGUAACAAUAAUAGUAAUACUGAUCAAUUUAAUGCUUUCUUACCAUCUACAUCAUUUCUCGGAACAACAUCAACAUCUACACUUUCACAAGCAUUACUGACGCAAUCAACACCAUCAUUAUCAUCAUCACCCUCGAAUAUUACAUCAAUAAGUUUAGGAUCGACAAAUACCACUGCUACAUUAUUCAAUGUCAAAGAUAAGCAAACAGGUUUAAUUGAAACUGUAGGUAUAAUGCCAGGUAUAAAACAUUUAAAUCAACCAAUUGCAUCAUUAAUCAACCAGUUAACUCUCAAUGCUUCGUCUAAUAACAAUAAUAAUAUAUCACUUAAAACACUCUCAACAUUAUCCCAACUAUUUAAUAGUAACCUUCUUACAACAAUAUCAACUCAUAAUUCUACAAAUCAUAAUACUACUAGUAAUAAUACAAAUUCUACAAAUUUCAAUAUAAUAAAUAAUCAAACUGUACCAACAAUAGUAAAUACCCAUAUUAAUAAUAAUCAUAUUUCUUUGGAUAAUGGAACAAUGAAUGAUAAUGAAAUAAUAACAAUAGAGAAAACUCAUAUUAAAUCAUCUUCAAGUGCAAGCAUAUUAUCGAAUAGUUCUAGUCCAUUAUAUUCAUUAAAUAAUCAUUCAACAGAUAAAUUUUCAAAAUUAAAUUCAACAAAAAAUCAUAAAAAUGAAAAUAUGAAAUUAUCAGUGCAACAAAAUCAACAAUCUAACACCACAACAACUACUACUAAUACUACAACUGCUAAUAGUAAUUUUUUAUUUGGUCGAAGAUUAGUUCUUAGUCGUCGUUUUAUUUGUAAUCAAUGUCGUCGUAAUUUUUCAUCAUUAGCUGAAUUAAAUCGGCAUACAAUUGAAGCGCAUAAUUCAUUUCGUUGUACAAUUUGUUCAGCACAUUUUACACAAAGAUCUAAUCUACAACGACAUUCAUUGAAACAUGUUGGUUUUAAACCAUUUACAUGUAAUCUAUGUAAAAAAGAAUAUUAUCGUAAAGAUCAUUUAGUUAGACAUAUUGAAGUAACACAUCCAACACAUGAUCCUAAAAUGAAUAUCACUGUUCAUUUAACAUCAUCAGAGUGUUUAGAUUAUUUGGAUAGAUUACAAGCUGGAAAACAAUCACAAUCACCAUUAUUACAUCAUAAUCAACCGGAGAAUAAAGAAUCAACAUCUAAUUUAGGUUCAGAUGUUACUACUAAUAUUACUACUACUACUGAUGCAAUUCCCGCUACUACUAUAACUACGGGUAGUAGUAUUAAAAACAGUACUGCUUCUGACCUAUGCAAUAAGAAUAGUAUUUACAAAGACGAUUUUGAUCUAAUGAAUGAAGAGUCCAUGAAAAUUGAAGAGGCUACAUUAGAAACACCAGAUAUUGAAAUGAACGGAGACAAUGAUAUCAAUAAUAGUAAUAAUGACGAAGAUAUUGAAGAACAAUAUUACAGUAUGACCGAUUGUAAUGAAAUUAGUUAA